AUGGUGAAGGCUUCAUCUCUGAAAUACGUGCCAAGUAACGCGUUUGCGGAUGAAGAGGGGCAUACCCUUUACGUUGGGGCCGCUCACAGAGCCGGCUACCUCGCACUGCAAUACCCUGCCGGCAUCAAGUUGCUCAUCGUGCAUUCGGCCGCAGAGUCCGAUCUUUCUCGACACGCCUUGUUUGCAACUCUCGGCGUCAAGAACUGCGAAGCAAGCGAAAUAUGCCGGCUGAUCUUGAAAGCACACGAGCUCCCAGAACUUGACCCCAAGACGCUGACCGUAGAUCAGCUCGUUUCCCACGCUGCAUUUCUGUACAAGGCUUUGUGGCAGCCGCCCAAGACCGCCAAUCUAUGGUGCGCGACGACGGUGAAAGACGAGCACUGCUUAGGCAGGAGUCUGUACAUUCCCGGUGCUGCCGAGGCACACCUGGCAGCCGCCAAUGUCUUUGCCCACCUUCAACGACGCUUCCCCGUCGUACAUGGCGGUUACCUGAAAGCAUUUCCCUCGGACUCGAACUGGCCCGGUUGGCUAGUCAAGAAUCUUGGCCUCUCGAUGGCCCCACGCAUGAUCAUGCCACAGAUAGACACCAAGCCACAGCCGGUAAAGGUGCUGGAAAACAAGGGGGUUGCGGCGGAUGCUAAGCCUCAGCCACCGCAGACUUCGGGGCCUCAGGAGAAGCAGCCGGAUAGGGCGGGCACUGAGUUCGAAGAUGCGAGCGCCGGUAUUCCUGACGCAACCCCGAACGGCCAAGUCGAUCCCCGUCUCCUGGACCUGAACGUGCUGGCGAACCCGGCAAAUGCGCCAGCUGACACCAUGUCCGACCUCGAUCGAAGGCGUAGACCGAUCCUUCAUCGUGGCCCACGUCACGUAACCCUCCUCCGCGAUCGAGGUCUUCAAGUUCAUCUCCGAUAUGCUCGGCCCAAGGCAAGCUCGUUGAUGAACGUGGACUCUGCCAAACAGCGGCCUUGCUUGGCUCCUCAUCACGGUCCUCAAGUCUAUCUCGUCCGCGGUCACAAACCCCAAGUCCACCUCCUAUGCGGUCAGCAGAGGUAUAAGUCCUGGACAAAGGAUACAGGCACCAACGCCCAAGACACCGUUGCCGGCCUUUCACCGCCGGCAAAUGCUGGUAAUGUCUCGGCGAUAUUCAAUCUGUCAGAGGAGUUCACUUUCAUGUUUCAGGAAUGCCAUUCGUCCGACAUUCUUCAACUCUUGCGAGACAACUGGAAGUACUAUGCUCAGUGGGUUGACGGGCCUCACAUGAAAUGGCAGGAUGCCGACUUCCUCGUGUUGAGUGACCGACUAAAGAAGGACAUAGGAGCCCGCCUGGUUAUGACUGCCAAAGGUGCUCUUCCCCUGCAGGACACCGUUCUGCCGAUGAUAGAUCCGGAUCUUGACCAAGGACAUCUCAUACCCGCACUGGAAAUCGAGGAUCCGCUGCACCCGGAGUGGGCGCUGUUGAGCUCCUUUGGCGUUCUUCUGAGACCCGAUAUCCAUUACUAUCUGCGCUGUCUGUUCGCGAUAUCAGAAGCGGCCGAUCCCAACGUUGACGACGUUGCCUACGUCUAUAAACAGAUUGAGAACAGAUACAACGGGAACGAAGGGCUUAUUAGCGUGGCAUUCUGGGAGAGAGACAUCGUCCUGAUACCGAGGCAUUCACGAUCAAGAGUGCCGGCAACAUCGGUGGCCUGGACGAACAUGCGAAAUUGCGUGUCAAGAAACAUCAACGUCGACACCGAGUAUCCCAUUACUUACGGCGCUGGACAGCGGGAAUAUGACGCUCUCUUGAGCCUGCGCGACAACAGCUGGUUCAUUACUGAUCGGCCACUUAUCCACGAGAGCAUGCACAGCAAGCUACCCUUGCUAGCUUUGCCCGUCGAAGAUCUGCCGGCGUUGGAAGAUUUGACAAGUGACGAGCCAGACGCAACCCAGGGGUCGAAUAUCGACAGAUUGGCAGUACACAGCUUCAUUCAGGCGAGGUCCCAAUUCAUCAGAGCGUUGAUUCCCAAUUCCCGCCCCGACAAAGCCGCAGUUGCUCACCAGAUCAGCCAGAUGCGCAUUAGCAUCGCGGCAGAGACAACACUCACCUUUGUCCUGAGCUUGCCCCACAAGGAUAUAUUCGGCCGCCCCGUUUGUGGUCAGAUAGCACAAAGCACUACCGGGCACUUCCUCGACGUGAUUAUGACACAGGACUGUGCCGCUGCUGACUCCCCGCCUUAUGAGCUCGUAACGUGCAUAGCCGACCUUUGCGGCAUCAAGGAUCCGAGACAUUCCCCGCUGCUGUUCACGGCGUUGAGCAACUCCAGCUUGCGAAGCAUAUCCUCCACGUUCAUUCAGCAGGGCAUCCGGCUUGAGGGACUCGUGCUUGAUGAAUCCGGAGAUAGUCGAAAGACGUUGGGGAGAUGGUCCAGGGGUUCGUCCACAGCAGUGCGCUUCCGCUCCUUCCGGGGACUGAACAUGGCCGGGCGCGGGGACGAUCGACGCAUACCGAUGGUGGAAUUCAUGCGAGCAGAUGGCUCAGGUUUCGGAGCUGCCCAACUUCGCCGCCUACGUUACGAGCCGUCUGCGAUAGCCGGGUGGGAAGAAGUUCAAUUCCUAGGCGAGCUCAUGAUCUCCAGGAUGCUGCAAGCUCAUCUGGGUCCGGACUACGAUCCUGAGACGCACUGGACGAGCAGGUUCCGCAGUCGAUGCGGCCAUAGACUCUUCUCUGGCGUGGUGCAUGAGAUUUGUGCUGCCUUCACCAUAGAUGAGGUAAAGAUCGUGGAUAAGAUGACUGCGUUUCUGAUCGAGCACGGACGCUCCGGGAAUCCCGGUUGGAAGGAGAAACUGAGAGCAACCCAGCCAGUCUAUCACAUCGAUGUAGCUGUGAGCGCCGGUGGCAGCUCAUCUUUCGUCAUCACUUCGUCUCAGGUGGAAAGGAUGCGGCAGCUGAGGAUGCCGGAACAUGCAGGGCGGUCGCUGAGGGGCAUCCUUGUGCUGGCUCGAGUCAGCGACGUGUAUUCCGCUGACCUGUUGUCCGUCGACCUCUUCAUCGAUCCCGGGUCACUGUUCCAUUCCAACAUUUUAUCACUUGAGUCCAACUGGGUUCUGCAGGCAGCCCUUCAAGAGACCGAUCGGGGAUCUGCGAAAAGGCGUCGCAGGAUGGACGCCCAAUUUGCAAAAUGGGCGGUGCCAACAACCGCCCAAACGCACGCAAGCGGCCUUGCCACCUCAAACGUGACAGGUGACGACGUGCUGCAAGGGGUCGUCUUGCAUGUUCAGAACGACUCAGAUGCAAGGUAUCGCGCAUUGUCGUACGUGUGGGGACCGGACCGGCGAACGCACGAGCUUAUAACACCAGACGGCGCCAUCCCCAUCACUUCCUCCCUUGACAGAGCCUUGCGGCGCUACGAGACGGGCAGGAAGCAGCAAUGUUCUGGGUGGAUGCAAUAUACAUCAACCAGCAGGACAUUGGCAGCAUCCACGUACGCCUUUCUCGACGAAUGCGAAGGGAGCAACGCGGCUAUUGAGAUGCUCAUGCAAGUACGUGCCAUAUCAGCAAUGUUCGACAAACGCUCUAAGCGCCGAGCUCACGCCGCUCCCGAAGCAGACGACGACCACGACGACAGCAGUGGCACAGAUUCAGAGUACGAAUCAGAAGGGUCCAGACCACCGCGAAUCAACCACCCCACAACACUCUCAGACCAUGACUGGCCAGCCGAGUUGCCCAGGGUCCCUCCGUCGUGGUGGGACCGACCCGGGCCGCCCCUGUCCGAUCCGGUCUGUGACUCAGUCCGCUCGUUUUUUGCGGGCGCAUGGUUCCGCAGAGCAUGGGUCAUCCAAGAGACGGUGGCGUUCUCGAGCCUGCGCAUCGUCUGCGGGAAGUGGCUGGUCGACUGGACCGACCUACAUAUGGCGAUGGAGACAGUCGACCGCGAGAACUUCCGGCAUGCUGAGUCAACGCUCCGCCGCGACCGUCUUUUCGCGCUGCUGGGGCUGGCGUCGGAUGGCAACGAGACCGAGUUCGAGCCUGACUAUGACGCCCCGUUGGAAUCCAUCGUUCUGCGCUUCGCUCGGGUCUUUGUUCGUCAGGGCAAGGGGGUGCAACUGCUCUACCGGGCAGCCGGCCUGAACAGCCAAGCCCACGAUCGGUUCCCGUCGUGGAUGCCAAACUGGACCGCCCAGCGGCCAGGAGGCCUCCACGAACUGUACGAGAGCGGCAACCUGUUUCCGUCUUGCGGGGUUCACCAGGCAAGAAUCAAGUACGUUCCCGAUACGGAUGAGCUAGUUGCCGAAGGUUACAGCAUGGAUGCUAUCAAGGCUGUCAGUACCUCAUCUAACGUGCCAGGUGGAUGGCGGGAAUACUUCAAGGAGGUGGACGCCAUGGUUGACUCUGCGGUCCUGCGGCUUACCCGAGAAUCGCGCGAGGAUCUCAAAUGGAAAGUGCCAAUCGCGUGUGCGCCGUAUCCUAAGCUGGCGACAGCCGAAGGUCUGGACUUGCGGUUGUCAUAUCAGGCUUUGCGUAAGCUUGUCGACAAGGAUCAGCAGGAGUUUCGACCCGGAGAUGCCUGCUUGCUUGACAAGAAGAGCGCGGGCUACGUCUCUGUGCUGCAGGACACGCUGUAUGGAUGGAAGUUUAUUGUUACGGAGGGAGGACAUGUUGGCGAUGUCCCAAACGGGGCUCAGGCCGGCGACGUUAUUGCCGUGCUGAAAGGUGCACGAGUCCCGUUUGCGCUGCGGAAGAGUUCAGCAAGGCCCGAGCUUUUCGUCUCGUUGGAGAGUGUUAUGUCCAUGGCAUCAUGCAUGGUGAAGGAUUGUUAUUACCAGGGGUUGCUGAGGUUGAAUACCGUCUACACUGAUUAA